AUGGAAGAAGCUCUCGCAAAUCAACAAACUGCUUGCUAUUCAGUUGCUCGAGCUCUCGACAAUUUUAAGAAGAUCGCAAGUUCAAUUCACUACUUCAAAAAGGAGACCUUCGCCUUCCACGAGGACCUCUAUCAGGCAGCUAUGGACUACAUGAACGAGUGCUUGGAGGAGCUGGUUCCAGUCGUAAGUCGUGAAACCUCUUUCAACGCUUCGUUCGCGCAUACAGACUCUGCGUCAUUAUCGGUCAAACAUCUUCCUCCCAUCAAAUUGCCGCCGUUCACCGUGUCAAGUUUAACAGGCUCAGCUCGCGAUGCGAUAUCAGGUAUUAAAGUCACCGCGGAUAACUUCUCGGUUGCGUGGAAAGCAUUAACAGCGCGUUUUGAAAAUAAGCGCCGAUUAAUUGAGACUCACAUUUCGAAUUUGUAUAAUCUUCCGAAAAUGACUCGUGAGUCAGCUGUCGAGCUUCACGCCUUACGCGAUAAAGCCGAACAAGCGAUCUCAACAUUGCAACGUCUUAAUCGUUCGCCGGACGAUAUAGUCAGCGACAUUGAUAAACACAUGUCGAUCAAUUGUCAAAGUAAUUUCACAUGUCGAACAUGUAAUAAACGACAUCAUUCUAUGAUUCAUCUCGAUUCGGACUCAUUGCAACAAGUUACAAAUGCGAACAAUACGUCAAACGCGAAUGACGUCAUCGACAACGUGCCUAACGUUACGGCACUCUCAUCAGUUACAAUGACAACUGCGCCGACUCCUGUUGUCUUAUCUACUGCAAAGGUGAAUUUGCAGGCGCCUUCUGGACGCUCAUUGGUUGUCAGAGCCUUGAUUGACGGUGGAUCAGAGCUCACGUUUGUGACGGAGCGCGUUGCUCAAAUAUUACGUCUCAAGCGUAUACGAACGCUUACUUCAACGUCGGGAAUAAGCUGCGCUGACACCGGUACAUGCCGAUCUGCGGCUCUGAUUCACAUCACUCCUCGCAAAAAAUCGAAACCAAGGUUCACAACGGUUGCCUAUAUUAUGAAGGCAUUAACGAGGUAUGCUCCCAGAAACGCUUCGCAAUCGCAAGAUUGGAAACAUAUUUCCAAUCUGGAAUUGGCUGACGAUGAUCCUACCGGAUCAACACCGAUUGAUCUCAUAAUAGGAUCCGAUUUAUAUAAUCACGUACUCGUUCACGUACGUAACGGACCGCUCGGUCAACCAGGUGCAAUUGAAUCGCAUUUCGGAUGGAUCCUAUCCGGAACAACCUCUAUCCCGAAUCACGUGACACAACCCUCUCAUGUGGUAACUUCAACUCUCGUAAUUCCGCCUGUUGAGGAUGCGAGUCGCGUCGUGCAAUCAGCUCAGUUAAAUCAACGUUACAGUGUUGUCGCUCAUUGUUGUUCUCUCGAAAAUCAAUUGUCUAAAUUCUGGGAGGCAGAAGAAACACCUCAAUCAAUUGAAAUGUCCCCAGAUGACGAACAAUGCGAAGAACAUUUCAAACAAACGCAUUCGAGAACAUCGGAUGGGAGAUAUAUCGUGCGUCUGCCGUUUCGAAACGGCCCACCCAUCGAAAUCGGUGAAUCUCGCGAAAUAGCCGCGCGUCGGCUUUCGUCGUUACUUCGGAGAAUUAAUAAUCAACCUGCGAUUAAGCAGGAGUAUGCUGAAUUCAUGAGCGAAUACGCACAGUUGAAUCAUAUGAAAGUAAUCGCACCGGUGGAUUCAGUAAAUUCACAAGUCGUGUACAUCCCUCAUCAUCCGGUCAUUCGAGAGACUAGUUCGACAACUCGGUUGAGAGUCGUAUUUGACGCCUCAUGCACAACCUCUAACGGUACCUCGCUCAAUUCUCACAUGUUUACUGGGCCUAAACUACAGUUAGAUCUGCAAUCGGUUUUAUUACGUUGGCGACAGCACAAAUACGUUUACUCCGCAGACAUAGCGAAAAUGUAUAGACAAAUAUUGGUCGACUCGCGAGAUAGAGAUUAUCAACGCAUCCUAUGGAUAGAUGAAAAUUCGAAUAUUCAAGAACAUCAACUCCUUACGGUAACAUACGGUACGGCUUCCGCACCGUUUUUAGCUCUUCGAGUCAUUAAUCAGUUAAACGAUGAUGAAGGAAGCUCGUUUCCACUAGCAUCUGCGGUUUUAAGCGAGAACGUCUAUGUGGACGACGUGCUGUUUGGGGCCGAAGAUAUGCCUCUCCUUAAACAGACUCGAGAUCAAGUUUGCAAAUUGUUGAAACGCGGUGGAUUCGAUCUUCGCAAAUGGGCGAGUAACAAACCGGAGUUGCUCUCAGAUAUUUCAUCGGAUCAUCACGGGCUCGCACAGCUUAAAUUAUUCGAGACUGACAACAAUCUGAAGGUUCUCGAUACCAAGAGCAUCGAGUUACACGGUUUCGCGGAUGCUUCCCAAGUAGCUUACGCCGCAGUAGUUUUUUUGAGAGUCACAACAUUAUCCGGUCAUACAACUGUUUCGCUCCUCGCUGGGCGAUCCAAAGUCGCGCCUAUCAAACCGCUGACAAUCCCUCGAUUAGAAUUGUCAGCUGCGGUCUUAUUAGCGCGCCUAAUUGAAUUCAUCAGAAAAUCUCUUCAUUUCACGAAAAUGCCAGUCCAUUGUUGGACAGAUUCGAGUAUUGUGCUUGCUUGGUUAAACAAGCACCCAUCUCAUUGGAAAACUUUCGUCUCGCAUCGCGUAACAGAGAUUCAAACACGAGUAUCUGAUGGCAUUUGGCAUCAUGUCAGUACACAUGAAAAUCCCGCUGACUGUGCAUCUCGCGGUUUACUCGGCACAGAAUUAAGCGCCUUCGACAUUUGGUGGCGCGGACCUUCAUGGUUGAGUCUUAAACAGGAUGAUUGGCCCACAUUCACAAUAACGCCGAUAGACGAAACACAGUUAGAAGAAAAACCGUGUCAAGUGCAUCAAGUGAACGCUAAUGAACCGUGGAAUCUCACUACUCGAUAUUCAUGGUGGCCAAAAUUAAUACGUAUUACCGCCUACAUUUACCGUUUCAUAAGGAAGUGUAGAAAGAAACACACAAUAGGAUCGAACAACAAGUCUCAAUAUCACGCUCUUACUACAGUUGAAUUCAACGAAGCACGAAACUUCUGGCUGAACUUCAUUCAGUUAGAACUAUUCGAAAACGAGCUCCAUAAUUUAAAGUCAAACAAACCGUUGCCUACUCACAGUCCAAUUCUCUCAUUAAAUCCGUUCCUGGAUUCUGACGGUCUAAUUCGCGUUGGGGGGCGAUUAGAACACUCGUCAUUAUCUUUCCAGUCCAAGCAUCCAAUCUUAUUAGCCAACCAUACGAUCACUACCAUGAUCAUCCGUUAUACGCAUGUUGUAUCUCUCCAUGCCGGUCUUCAAUCCACUCUUUCAAAACUUAGACAAGAGUUUUGGAUUUGA